GGGGAGCUCUUGUCUCUCCCCGCACACCGAGAGCCGCAAAUCCACUUCGGAGCAUCAAUGAGCGGAAGGACCGGAGGAUGCGGACAGACGGUCUGUAGCGGAUCCACCGGCAAAUCAGGACGACGUAAGAAUGAUGUCUGAAUGUUUUUAUUGUUGGAUUUCUUUUUCACCGAGUGAAUCCGGACGCGUAGCGGGACUGCAAAGGAGCGUCGAUCCAACGCGUGAGAGCUGCUGACCGUCCGUGUAUUUGUAAGCUGUUACAGACAAUAAGCAGAGGAAAUUAGCCAUUACACACAGUGGCAUUUCAUCAUCUGUGCUGGUUAUUAUAGGAGUCUGUCUUGUAAGGCACGGUGUCAAUGCUCCUUUAUGAUAUGAUCAAGAAGCCAUACUGAAUUUGUUAUUAAUAGUUCAAAGAAAAAAGAAAAAAAUCAAUGGUUACACAAUUGACAGACAGACAGGGGAUUGAAGGCAGCAUAAAGGUUUCCAGCUCAUUUUGAUUUAUAUCGUAUAAAUUGUCCUUUUUGUUUUAUUACGACAAGAAACCAAAGCCAGUCAUGUCAAAGAAUAAGAGCAGCGAGUCGGUGAAGGUGGUAGUUCGAUGCCGCCCUUUGAACCGGAAAGAGGAGUCCAAUGGGCCUGCAGGGGGCAUCAUUCAGAUGGACGUGCGGCUCGGACAGGUGAUCCUGAGAAACCCUCGAGCGCCAGUCAGCGAGCCCCAGAAAACAUUCACGUUCGAUGCGGUUUAUGAUGCAAACUCCAAACAGCGAGACCUUUAUGACGAGAGCGUGCGGCCGCUGAUAGAUUCAGUUCUCGCAGGGAUCAAUGGCACCAUAUUUGCGUAUGGGCAGACCGGAACUGGGAAGACGUACACCAUGCAGGGGGCAUGGAUGGACCCAGAGAAACGAGGCGUGAUUCCCAACGCUUUCGACCACAUCUUCACACACAUUUCCCGCUCCCAGUCUGAUAGACAGUACCUGGUGCGGGCGUCCUACCUCGAGAUCUAUCUAGAAGAGGUUCGGGAUCUUCUCGAUCCCAACCACGGCAACGCCAGAGCCCUGGAGCUCCGGGAGAGUCCAGAGUCUGGGGUGUAUGUGCGUGACCUCACUUCGUGUGUCUGCAAGAGCAUCAAGGAGAUCGAGGAGGUGAUGAACAUGGGCAACCAGGCGAGAGCCGUCGGGGCGACAGACAUGAACGAACACUCGUCUCGGUCCCACGCCCUGUUCCUGAUCACAGUAGAGUGCAGCCAGCCUGGACCAGAUGGGAGGAAACACAUCCGGGUCGGCCGCCUCAACCUGGUUGAUCUGGCUGGCAGCGAGCGCCAAGCCAAGACGGGCGUCCAGGGAGAGCGCCUGAAAGAGGCAGCCAAGAUCAACCUUUCCUUGUCAGCUCUGGGGAACGUGAUCUCAGCUCUGGCAGACGGGCGCAGCAGCCACGUGCCAUACCGGGACUCCAAGCUGACCCGGCUGUUGCAGGACUCUUUGGGGGGGAAUGCAAAGACUGUCAUGGUUGCUACCUUAGGCCCAGCCCCCCAGCACUACGACGAGACCCUCACCACCCUCCGCUACGCCAACCGGGCCAAGAACAUCCAGAACCAGCCCAGAGUCAACGAGGAUCCCAAGGAUGCUCUGCUGCGUGAGUUCCAGAGGGAGAUCGCUCGCCUCAGGGCCCAGCUCAACCACAGGAAGUGGAGGAGCAAACAGAAGAAGGAGCAGGUGGACGGCGAGGGCUGGGAGCGAGACGGGGAUGAAGAGACAGAGGGUGAGGAAGAGGAGGGGGUGGAGAAGGAGGCGGAGGAGUACGUGAAGCUGGAGGAGCAGCGGUUGGAGAUGGAGACUGAGGCCAUCAGAGGGGAUCAAUUCAUGUUGGCUGAGGAGAAGCAGAGGCUCCUGGGAGAAAGGGAGAGGAUGAUGGGAGAUCUGAGGAAGGAGCAGGAAGCCACCGAGCAACUGACCGCCAAGUACAAGGCGAUGGAGAGCAAGCUGCUGGUUGGAGGAAAAAACAUCAUAGAUCACACCAACGAGCAGCAGAAGAUGCUGGAGAUGAAAAGGCAUGAGAUUGCUGAGCAGUCACGCAGUGAGAGGGAGAUUCAGCAGCAGGUGUUGGUCCAGGACGAAGAGACGCUGGAGCUGAGAGAGACUUUUACCUCUCUGCAACAGGAGGUGGAGGCCAAGACCAAGAAACUGAAAAAGUACCUCAAGUUGUAUGCCAAGCUCCAGUGCAUCAAAGCUGAGAUCAAGGACGUGAACGACGAGCACGUGAGGAGCCGACAGGAACUGGAACAAACUCAGAACGAGCUCACCCGAGAGCUCAAGUUCAAGUAUCUGAUCAUAGAGAACUUCAUCCCUCCAGAGGAGAAGAAUAAGAUCAUGAACCGGCUGACCUUUGACCCUGAGGAGGAUCAGUGGAAGUUUCAGUCUCUGGUUCCUGCUGAAAGUAAAUCCUCGCAGAUGAAGAAAAGACCGACAUCUGCAGUCGGAUACAAACGACCAAUCAGCCAGUACGCCAGGGUUGCCAUAGCGAUGGGAGCUCACUCCAGAUACCGGGCUGAGAACAUCAUGUUUCUGGAGCUCGACAUGACUCCUCCAAACACCGCCUCGCUAGCGGUGGCGGAGCUGAACCAAAGUCACUCUCUGGACAACUCACCCACCAAGGACAGAGGGGUCCGCAAGUCUCGAUCCUGGUGCCAGACCCCAAAAUCCAUCACUUCCUCCUCUUCUAAUGUUUCCUUGGCAGCGUGUCAUACUGCCACACCCAUGGCGGCACAGUAAAGCUUUAGUAAAGAGGGUUUUUUUUAAUCAUUAUUUAUUUUAGUUCCUCUGCUUCCUCUUCUUCUUUUCCCCUUCCCCUUUUGGCCAGUGAUCUUCUGACAGAUUUCUCAAUGAGGCCUACAGCUGGGACACAAGCACACACCGCCACCUAUGCUGAAUUCUGGGAGGUGAUUAACUGCAUUAAAGAGUUGUUAACAAGGACGUUAUCUUCUGACAGACAACAAAAUGACCUGAUGAACCUCAGAAACUCUGUAAAACACCAGUUCCUCCUGUUCUACAGAUGUAAAGACCCACCAGAACCCUUUCUUCCUUGCAUGUUUGAGACCAUGAGCCUCGGAUCGCCCUCUUAAACAACUGGCUGCAGUGCUGUACUGCCCAGACUGUUGUGUGUGUGUGUGCGUGUGUGUUAUCUGUAUGUGCAGGGCUGUAUGACUGCCUGUUUGUGUUUCUAAUUGUGACAAAUACAGAUCUGACAGGUCACAAACUGCUUGAAUUGCCUGUAAAAUAUCAGUGUAAAUAUUUCAUGUAUUCAGGGUUUUUUCGGGGCAGGUUUUGUCUGUUUUCUGCGUAAAAGGGGAGACAGAUGAGAGUUUAUUGUUGUUGGAAUUGAGCACAGUAGAAAAUAAUGAUGUAACAUAUGUUGUUGGUCAGACGAGGUACUCUGAAACCUGAA